UUGCUGGCAGGAACUGGUGACAAAGGCGGCGACGACGACGACGACGAUGAUGAUGAUGAUGAUGAUGAUGAUGAUGAUGGUGAGGCCCUCCUCUCCAAUAAUGACGCAAAGCAAAUAGCCUUAAUGCAAGAUCAAUAUAGAUCAGAUGGCGUAGCAGAGAAUAUAUACUUUAUUAUUUCCCAUCAGACAUUCAAACCGAAACGAUUCGAUUUGCAGUUUAAAGACUUUCAACGCUUCAAAAUGUACAAACUAUUGCAUAAGUUGCCAACCAUUUUUGGGCUAUGGUUAUUUCUCUUUCAAUAUGAUGGAGAUGCAUCAAUGGUAGCACCGAUAACCUGUCCCCUAAAAUUCAUCUCCAACAUGUCUAUGGACGACAGCCAUCCUAUGGGUUCUGCAGGUGGAAAUUUAACGCAUUGUAUUAAGAUGUGUCAGAUGGAAAACCUAUGCCAGUCGUUUAAGGCAGAUUCGUUGUUCAAAACUUGUUACUUUUCGACACGGCCUGCAACCAGUUCCAGACUUAUUCCUGCCAAUGAUUCUAUGGUUGUAACAGUGGAGGGAAGUAGGGAUCCUUUGUCUUAUUACUUGGGUUACUAUAUGAUGGGGACAUAUCCACGCCAUUGUAAUUUCCGCUCGUUUGCCGGACGAUCAUUUUACUACCACUCAUCCAGCCAUUCCAGAGGACAGACAACCAAACUUAUAGAACAAGAGGACCAUUAAGAGGUUAACUAGAAAUAUUUGUGGUGAAUAACAAUAAUAAUCCUUUCUACAACAGGCAUGAAAUUUGUGGGGAGGGGACUAAUCAAUAGCAUUAACCUCAAUACUCGACUGGUACUUUAUUAUAUUAAUUCCAAGACGAUGAAAGGUGAAGUUGACCGUAACAGGAUUUGAAUUCAGAAGAUUAAAAGCCAGAACAAAUGCUGCCAAGUAUGUUUUAUGAUGCUUUGAUAAUUCUGUCAACUUGACACCUUAGUAAUAAUUAUCUGCAAUUUAGGGACAAGGCCAGUAAUUUUGAGGGGAGGAUGUUAAUACCAUCAACCUCUAGUACUUCACUGGUACUUUAUUUCAUCGGCACCAGAUGGUUGAAAAACAAAGUUGACCUUUGAGGGAUUUGAACAGAGAAUUUAUAGCAAUGAAAAGAAAUACUACUAAACAUUUCUUUCAACACUAACAGUUCUACUAAUUCAGCAUCCCCAUAAAAGUCAACGAUAUUAAUGCAGGACUAACAUUAUUUCCAUUUCCUGAUGAAAGUACAUUUCAGGCUUAUUCUGAUACAUUAAACAUUAUCCUAUCUGUAUAUCUCCAUGUUUGUCUCACAACAUAUUUAUAUCUCUAGUUAACUCUUCAAUGUUUCCAUACUUUAAAUAUGUCUUCACAUCAAUUAACCUUUGUCUGUCAAUAUAAAAUUAGCUGAACAAUGAAAAUAAUAACAUUCUGAAUAUCCCAGAUGAAUUGUUAAGAUGAUAAUAUUUUUUUUACAAUCAUUAACCUAAGCAGCAAACAGCUGUAUUAUUACCCUUUACUUAAAAAUAAAGGAUCCAAGUUCAAAUUCUAACAUCCUAAUUAUUAAACAUCCAGAAAUAAGGCACUUUAUAACGAUUAGAAAUAAAUGCAAUUGAAAUGGGUAUUUUUAAUGUUUUACUAUUAAUUUCCUCUUAAUAGGAAAUUAAUUGUAAAACAAAAGAGGUAAAAAAAAAACAAUUUGAAGCAUCAUAAUUGUUUACAAGUAAUUUACAAAGACAGACAACUGAUAUUAUUAAAGUUAAUUAGUCUACACACACAUGGGAAUUGCUUACAGGAAUGCCAACACUUGACACAAGCAUUUAAUACUGACAGUAAAAGUUUUUAUCAAAA